GCUUGGACCAGUUGGGGAUGCUAGCAGAGCUCAGGAUAGCACCAUGUCUGAGAAACGGAGCCACCCAGGACCCUCGCAUCCCCAUGCCCGAACCCGAUCACGCUCCUCAAGGGCCCAACUACAGUUCCCUGUGAGCCGUGUGGACCGCUUUCUGCGCCAGGGCCACUAUGCCGAUCGGUUGGCUUCUGGUGCCCCUGUUUUCCUGGCUGCUGUGCUGGAGUACCUGACUGCUGAGAUUCUGGAGCUGGCAGGCAAUGCUGCCCGUGACAACCAGAAGAGCCGCAUUGCUCCCCGCCAUGUACAGCUGGCUGUGCGCAAUGAUGCUGAGCUCAACCAACUCUUUGGGGACGUCACCAUCUCACAGGGUGGAGUCUUGCCCCGCAUCCAUUCGGAGCUCCUGCAGUCGGUGAACAAGGGUCAAAGUAGCCGAAACCGUGGAGGAAAUUCUUGUAUCCAGCCACUAAAGGCCAAAUGAGUCCAGCUCAUGGACCCAUCAUGAGAGCCCAGCAAGGGUAGCCACUUCCUUUAUUAUGGGUCUUCCAUCUUUUCCACCCCCAUCCCACAAACUCUAUUAAAAGAGAUUAAA